GGCCCCCUCCCGAGCUCCCGCCCGGGUGCUGCUUCCCCGGGUCGGGGCUGGAGGGCUGGUGGCGGCGGUCCCUCGGGGCCCAUGGCGCUGCCCGCCUGGCUGCAGCCCAGGUACAGGAAGAAUGUCUAUCUUUUCAUCUACUACUUAAUCCAGUUCUGUGGCCACUCAUGGAUAUUUACAAAUAUGACAGUCAGAUUCUUUUCAUUUGGAAAAGAUUCGAUGGUUGACACUUUCUAUGCUAUUGGACUUGUGAUGCAGCUUUGCCAAUCCAUCUCCCUCUUGGAGUUGCUGCACAUCUAUGUUGGCAUUGAAUCAAACCAUCUUCUCCCUCGGUUUCUGCAGCUCACGGAGAGAAUCAUCAUCCUGUUUGUGGUGAUCACCAGUCAAGAGGAAGUCCAAGGGAAAUACGUGGUGUGUGUGUUAUUCAUCUUCUGGAAUCUACUGGACAUGGUUAGGUACACGAAUAGCAUGUUAUCAGUCAUAGGAAUUUCCUAUGCUUUCCUGACAUGGCUCAGUCAGACACUAUGGAUGCCGAUUUAUCCUUUGUGUGUUCUUGCUGAAGCAUUUGCCGUCUAUCAGUCGCUGCCUUACUUUGAAUCAUUUGGCACUUACUCCACAAAGCUGCCCUUUGACCUGUCCAUCUACUUCCCAUAUGUGCUGAAAAUAUAUCUCAUGAUGCUCUUUAUAGGUAUGUAUUUUACCUACAGUCAUCUUUACUCAGAAAGAAGAGACGUCCUCAGCGUCUUUCCCAUCAAAAAGAAGAAACUGUGAGCAGCAUUCUGCUGUGACAUAAGGAAAAACAGGCUGUGAAUUCCGCUGCAGAAACACCACAGGAAGCAUGCUGGUGGGGGAAGACCGAGCGUGUGACAGAAAUCCAUGAAUGACCUCCUCCCCGGACACCUCACAGCAGCCUGUUUUGAAAAUAUAACGUGUGAGACCCACAGACUCUGAACCACCUGUUUCUCCAAAGCUGUGGAUUUCAUACAAGUUAAGUUUAUAUUGUAUGAAGCCUGAUAGUUUCCUGUAAGGGUAAUGAGAAGUAGAUUAACUGGCGUAGAUUCAAUUAACCUGAGAGACCAACGUUGUUAAACCACAUCUAUUUCUUUUCACUUCCGAAUUCCCCUGUAGCAGCAGAUCCACAGGAGGGAGCGCUGUGAAGUAUGGUCUGCAGUGUCCACAGUAACAUUUUGUAGAUGUCACCGUUCCCAGAGGUAACACUCGUCAGACACACUUACAAAAGGAAACCAUUUUCCCAACCCCGAAAGACCAUUAGUAUUACACAAGUUAUCUGGGCUUUGAUGCUGUAAAGCAGGACCCUGAUGCAAACAAUAAACCUUUGAUAAAUACACAAAUAAUGCCCCAUAUUCCUUUAAAAAAACAGGUCACAUAUACCUUACACAGAUAAAAGCUAAGAAAAUUAAGAACUAGUCAUGUUUCAUAUCAUUUAUUACUGAAUUACUAUUAUUAAUUACUCUAACGUUAUAAGUCAUCACUUAUAGCUUUGAAAAUUGAUCCUUUGAAGAUUUAAAAUAUAACUGAUUAAUGGAAUAAUUUCUGAAUCACUGGAAUAUCAUUUGCUUUUCUUGGAAGAAUUAUAGAAUCUUAUUAUCCAGCAACUAUAUAAAAAGGGUACUUAAUAUUUUGUUACAUAAAAACCAGGUAGUAAAAAUGUAUUUACAAAAAAAUAAUAAUUUUACACCAUUAAAUAAAACAAUCAAGCAUUAAAAGAUAACUUGAU